AUGAAUCGAAAAUGUACCCCCUCAUUUUUCAUCCUAAUUUUUGUUUAUCUGCUCGGGUCUGCGCGAGUCUGGAGCGUCGGUGGCUGUGAGUGUCCAGAAAUCCCUCACAGAAAUUUGACUCAACCUCCACCUAAAAACUGCUUCAACACAACUGGCUGGUUCCGCUACAGCUGCUGUGAAGGCUACGUGAGGAAAGCAGGAACAUCAAAUCUAAUCAAAUGCAAGAAAGACAAGGAUGUUGCGUAUUGGACCCCAUCUUCUCUGGAAUGCAUACCUCACCCACAUAAAACACAACUUGAAAAGAGGCUCAUGGAAGAAGCUUGUCUGAGUCUGCUGGCAACUAGAUCCCCGACAGGAGACCCCCCAGCACAGACCACUGAAGGAAAACACAGAGUCCAAGUGACUCCACAAGGAGGGCCGGCAGGAACCGUCCACAGCAGAGGGAAGGGGAAAUGGAACCCAUGA